AUGGCGAACAACGUCGUGAUUCCACGGAAUUUUCGCCUGCUCGAGGAGCUGGACCACGGACAGAAGGGUGUCGGUGAUGGGACCAUAAGUUGGGGACUCGAGGACGACAGCGACAUGACGCUCACUUAUUGGACAGGGAUGAUCAUUGGUCCUCCUCGAACCCCGUUUGAGAAUCGCAUGUACAGCUUGAAAUUGGAAUGCGGCAGCAAGUACCCGGACGCCCCGCCGACCGUUCGGUUCCUCACUCGCAUCAACAUGCAGGGUGUCAACAACAACACUGGUCUCGUGGACCGACGCACGGUGCCGGUGUUGAACAUGUGGCAACGCGGCUACAACAUCAAGACUGUGUUGUACGAGCUCCGCAGGCUCAUGACGCUCAAGGAGAACGUCAAGUUGCCCCAGCCGCCGGAGAACUCCACGUUCUGAUCGUCCUCUUUUUUUCUCGUCAGGAGAGGAGGAAAAAAUAAAAAAAAAUAAGAUGGAACUAUUAAACGGAAGAAUGUAGGAAAAAAAAACAAAUGAGGAACAUCAACAACAACAAGAAUCGUUCUUCUUUUUCGUUUAAUUAUCGCUAUUCGUCGGACCCUCUUCAAAAAAAUGUUUUUUUUUCUGGAGCCGUUUAGUCUUGGCUCUUUGCGGUCUCCUCAAGAGCUCUUUUUUUCCUCCGUCAUGGCGGAACAAUGGUUCAUGUGUCCUUACGGUGCCUGAUGCGUUCGUGCUCACCCUGACACAUAUACCCCCCCUCUCCCAAACACACACGAAAACCCCCUUUUUUGGUUCGAGGACCACCAGAUGGCGUUAGGACAAGUUUUUCCGCUCGGUGGGGGAUUUUCUCUUUCUGGGACAGCACCUUUUAUUCUUUAUUGUGUACGUUUUUUUUAAAGAGCGUACUUCAUGUUUACCUUGAAGAAAAUUUAGGGGGGAUGUGUCCCGGAAAGCGGAAGAUUCUGCCUGCGUUUAUUAGUCGCGUCGUGGGUUAAGAAGAAAGAAAUAAAGAAACAAACAAACCUUUGCUGUAUAGAAAGAAAGAAAAAAGAGAAAUGUUGUUGGAUCUGCAAAGAAGGUCGCGAUUUCUUUUUCCUGUUCCGUUGUUUUUCGCUCUCCUUUUACUUGCGCAGAUGUAUUUUCUGAUGAUGAGGUUUCACGCAGUUUUUUGAGAUUCAUCUGGGGAUCCCCUUUCAUGCAAUUUUUUUUUUUGGUUUCCUGCGCGUGCGACGCGGAAAAGGAAAUAUGAGCUGGUGGGCUUGAAGUUGAUUUGUGAUAACAGUUGCAUUCUAUCAAUUUUUUUGUGGCAAAGAAAAAGAACGACCCGCCCUAUGAAAGAAAGAUUGCUUCACUAGACCUGCGGCUUCUCAAAUUAGCUUCUGAUUUCUUUUCGAUGCUCGGCCGUUUUUUUUUUUUUUUUCGAUUUCCUUAUUCGGGGAAAAAAGUUCUAAACGCUCCUUUGUCUCUGUCUUGAUUAAUUCGACGUUUUUUUUCGAGUGAGAAAGAUGUCUUCUUGAUCAAUCCGUCAACUUCACAGAAUAAAUGUGCGAAUGUUUCGUGA